AUGGUCGCAGUCCCUACAAAUGCUGCUGAGUGUUCUUUGUGCGACUUAGUGGAAUCAUCUGCGCCUACUACCAGAUCGCGUCGCAAUUUAAUUCUCCCAGCCCUGAUUAGUGGUGGACUGUUUAUCGGAUUAGGUAGUUAUCUAACUGGUGCUUUUAUGGCCCCAGCCUUCAGGCGCAUAUGUCUGCCCUAUCUGCCUGCUACACCUCGCCAGAUAAACAACCUUUUGAUCAUGCUUUCUAGGGAGAAAGAGCCACUCGGUCGCUUGGUUGAUCUGGGUAGCGGGGAUGGGCGCGUGGUGAGUUGUAGAUAA